GGGCCCGCCGUGGCCAUGGAGCCUCUGGAGACCCCCAUCAAGGACGGCAUCCUCUACCAGCAGCACGUGAAGUUCGGCAAGAAGUCCUGGCGGAAGGUGUGGGGUCUUCUGUACGCAGGGGGCCCAUCAGGUGUGGCCCGGCUGGAGAGCUGGGAGGUCCGGGACGGCGGCCCGGGGCCGUCGGGCGACAGGCCUGCGGGCCCCAGCCGCCGCGGGGAGCCGCGGGUCAUCCGCCUGGCCGACUGCGUGUCCGUGCUGCCGGUCGACUGCGAGAGCUGCCCCCGGGACACCGGUGCCUUCCUGCUCACCACCACCGAGCGGAGCCACCUGCUGGCUGCACAGCACCGCCAGGCGUGGAUGGGCCCCAUCUGCCAGCUGGCCUUCCCGGGCACAGGGGGGGAAUGUGUCACCGGCGCAGGGGAGGCGGAGGCUCCCAAGCGGAGCCCGGUCCCCAUGGAAGAGAACUCCAUCUACUCCUCCUUGCAGGAAGUGGACAAAUUCCCGGUGGUGGUGCAGAGGACAGAGGCAGCUGCCCGCUGCCAGCUGAAGGGGUCUUAUGUCCUGCUGCUGACCCAAGACGCCAUCCAGCUGAGCGAGCCAGCCAGCUCGCUGGCCCUCUACACCUGGCCCUACCACUUCUUGCGCAAGUUUGGCUCCGACAAGGACUUGUUCUCCUUCGAAGCUGGCCGCCGCUGUGACUCAGGCGAGGGCUUCUUCGCCUUCAGCAGCCCCCGAGCUCGAGACCUGUGCGGGGUCGUGGCGGCUGCCAUCGCGCGCCAGAGGGAGCGGCUGCCUGAGCUGGUGGGGUCCCGGCCCUGCCCCCUGCCUCGGGCCACCUCCCUGCCCUCGCUGGACCCCCCUGCAGAGCUGCGGGAGUUGCCCCCCGGGCCUGAGCCUUCAGGCUCCCGCCGGGUGCGCCUGGCCGAGCCUGGGCCCCAGAGCCUGCCGCUGCUGCCUGUGGAGGCUGGGCUGUACGCGGCCGUGUGCAAGCGGGCCAGCGGACCCCCGGUCGCCGCCGAGCACCUCUAUGAGAACCUGUGUGCCCUGGAAGCUGGCUCUGCACCACCCGACUUGGGGUGCCCUGCAAAGGAGAGCCCCGGUGCCUGCAGCCCACCGGCCAGCCCCAUCUACCACAACAGCGAGGACCUGGGCUGGCCCGGCCCGGCCCAUGACAGCAGCCUGGAGGCACAGUACAGGCGGCUGCUGGAGCUGGAGCUCGGCAACAAUGGUGACGAGGCAGGGGUCUCUGGCCGCCAGGCAGGCUUCAAGGCCAAGCUGGUGACGCUGCUGAGCCGUGAGCGGAAGAAGGGCCCCGCCCCCUGCGACCGGCCCUGAACACUGCCUAUUGUGGCCCUGUGGCUUGGGACAAGGGGAUGAGCAAACAACAGGUGUCCAGGG